CUGUUUGAUGGGCCGGGCUGCCAGCUGGGUCUCCCCGCAGCUCGGCGCAUCUUUGUCUGAUCGUGGCUUCAGUUUGAUGCGUUGGCUGCCGGCUUGUGGUAGCCUAGUGAACUAGACCAAAUUCUUGCGUUGCAAAGUAUGGUCUAGACACGCUCCAUUGUAACCUCCACAGCUCCCACCAGAACACUGGCUGGCCAAUCACAACUGUCUUUGGUGGUUGUUGGACCAAUCACAGCACUAUAUGUUGUGGGCCAAUCACAGCGCUAUAUAUUGCGGCCCAAUCAUAGCGCUUUAUAUUGUGGGCCAAUCACAGUACUCUAAUCAGCGGUGUAGCGGAAGACGUCAGAACUGCGACCGCGAACCGAUGCCGCGAACACAAACAACAUGGCAGCAGCUCUGAAACAACGUUCGUUUGAAACGGCUUUGUCGGCAACAUUGGACGAUUUAGACUUGGGCUUUUCUUUAAAACACGAACAGAUAGAGGCACUAAAGUCCUUCAUUUUUCAAAAGGAUGUAUUUGCUGCGUUGCCGACGGGAUACGGUAAAAGUUUAAUUUACCAGCUAGCUCCGGUUGUUGCUAAACGAAUGGGACUCAGUGAAAACCCACUUGUGGUUAUAGUCUCACCGUUGAUCGCCCUUAUGGAGGACCAGGUGAAAGAGGCGAGUAAAUUAGGACUAACUGCCAUGCAACUUGGCGUACACACUUUGAAGGACAUUCGAAAAGCCAACUGUCAGUUGAUAUUUGGUAGUCCAGAAGCCUGGCUCAUGCAGAGUAAAUGGAGAGAAAUGUUGUCUACAAAGACCUUCAGAAAUAACCUCUUGGGGAUCGUUGUGGAUGAGGUACAUCUGAUUUACAAAUGGGGAAAAGCUGAUAAAGGACACAAGGCCUUCAGAGAGUGUUUUGCAAAGUUGGGUGAACUGAGGUCAAUUGUGAGACGGGGUACACCCAUUUUGGCAUUGACGGCUACAGCAGACCUGGAUUCCCGAGCCAUUAUCCAAAAACAGCUACAUUUUGAGGAUGCUACUCAAGUCACUGUUAGCCCCAACCGAAAAAAUAUUCGGCUUGGGCUUAUCAAAGUGUCUUCCCAUACUUUUGACUGCCUGGACUGGAUUGUGAGAGAACUGAAAGAGCAUGACACCAACAUGUUUCAAGUAAUCAUUUACUGUCGAACACUGACAGCUGUUGGAAGGGUGUUCUGUUACCUGAAAGCAGAACUUGGUGAGGACUGUUGGGCUGAUAAAGAUCCACAACGCAGGGCAGAAAAUUUAAGAAUUGGGAUGUUUCAUAGUCACACCCUUCCUCAAAACAAACGCAGAAUACUGGAUUCAUUUGGUGGAGAUGGUCCCUGCAGAGUUGUUGUGGCAACAAGUGCUCUGGGAAUGGGACUAAACUUUCCUAAAAUAUCUCACGUAGUUAUGUAUGGUGUACCAGAGGAUAUGGAGGCCAUUCUGCAGGAAGCUGGUAGGGCCGGAAGAGAUGGUUCUCUGUCACAUGCCGUUAUUUACAGACUCAGUCUAAACACUAAUGUGGAUGAGGGACUUAGAACGCUACUAAAAAAUAGCAGCAAAAGUUGCUUUCGAAAGGCACUAUUCUCGCAAUUUGAGAACAACACUGACAGUGUAGUGCCGGGACAUUUGUGCUGCACAUACUGCCACUCUGUAUGUUCAUGUACCUCAGCAGGUUGUGACAUGGCUGUACCUAAAUAUGAACAGGCACCACUGGAGGUUUCUGCACCAGGCCAAAUCAGAGAGGUUACGGAGGAUGAAAAAGAUCUGAUUCGGAAUCUGUUACACACUUACAAGCUCAGCUUGAUUCCUGAAACUCAUCUGUACACAAACAGCACAUAUUGUACUGGUUUUAGCGAUGAGCUAAUCAACUCUGUUCUGGAGCACUGCGCAGAGAUAUUCGACUUGAACUUUAUUAUGAACAAUCUCCCAGUGUUCAGCAAAAGGCAUGCCCAAGAAAUACUCAGGAUAUUAUUUGAAGUGUUUGAAGAUUUUAAAUUCACAGAAUUAGAUUUUCCUCCAGAAGACUUUGUGGUCCCAGACCCAAAUUACAUGGGUUACUUUGAUGAGGACACCGAGGGGAAUGUCCUCUCACAAUGUAGCAGUUUAGAAUCUGGCCUUUCUGCUUUGAGUACUGACUCUCAAAACAAUUAAGUUGUAAUUAAUGUUUGUUAAAUAGUUAUGCCCUUUAACCAGACCAUCAAUGGCAAAACAUGUUUCAUAAUGUGUAAUAACUGACAUUUAUG